CUCGGUCAAUAGGAAACAAAAUAAUAGACUGUUUUCCCUGUAGCGGCGGAAUGUUUUAGCAGACGGACCACGGACAACUUGUUAGUUAGCGGCCGCUGGAAACAAAACCGGACUCAAGUUCUCAUGUUACCCCGUUAAAUCUUGACCCUAUAUAGUUACCCACAUAGCACAAUAUCUACCUUUAGUAUCGACUGUCGACUGAUUUGAUCCAGACGUUGAAACUUUCCUGGUGAAGAUGGGAGUACCGAAAUUUUACCGAUGGAUAUCAGAGCGCUACCCUUGUCUCAGCGAAGUUGUCAAGGAACAUCAGAUUCCAGAAUUUGACAAUCUCUAUCUGGACAUGAAUGGGAUUAUCCAUCAGUGUUCCCACCCCAAUGAUGAGGAUGUCCACUUUCGCAUUUCUGAGGAAAAGAUUUUUGCUGACAUCUUCCAUUACCUGGAGGUGCUCUUUAGGAUCAUCAAGCCUCGCAAGGUCUUCUUCAUGGCAGUGGAUGGCGUGGCACCAAGGGCAAAGAUGAACCAGCAGAGAGGACGGCGAUUCAGGUCCGCUAAAGAAGCAGAGGACAAGAUUAAAAAAGCUCUGGAUAAAGGAGAGGUGCUUCCCACAGAGGCUCGCUUUGACUCCAACUGUAUCACUCCUGGCACUGCCUUCAUGGCAAGACUCCAGGAGCAGCUCAAGUAUUUUGUCCACAACAAGCUCUCCACUGACAAGCUGUGGCAGAAUGUCAAAGUCUACCUGUCUGGUCAUGAGACUCCAGGGGAGGGAGAACAUAAGAUCAUGGAGUUUAUUCGCUCUGAGAACAGGAAGCCUGGCCACAACCCCAACACCCGACAUUGCUUGUAUGGCCUGGAUGCUGAUCUGAUAAUGUUGGGCUUGACCAGCCAUGAGCCUAACUUCUCCCUGCUCAGAGAGGAGGUCCGUUUUGGAGGAAAGAAAUCUCAGAAAAGGAUAACAGCUCCAGAGGAGACAACUUUUCACUUGCUUCACUUGUCUCUGAUGAGGGAGUACAUUGACUAUGAGUUCUCUGAUCUCAGGAAUCACAUUGGUUCCGAUUAUGACUUGGAGCGAAUAAUAGACGACUGGAUUCUAAUGGGCUUCCUAGUGGGAAACGAUUUCAUCCCUCACCUCCCUCAUCUUCACAUCAGUCAUGAUGCUCUGCCGUUGUUGUACAAGACCUACAUCAGUGUGCUGCCCAGUCUGGGGGGUUAUCUGAAUGAGAACGGCCACCUGAACCUCAGAAACUUUGAGAAAUACCUGGAGAAGCUUUCAGAGUUUGACAGGGAACAUUUCAAUGAUGUGUUUGUGGACUUGAAGUGGUUUGAGAGUAAAGUUGGUAACAAGUAUCUGAACGAGGCGGCCGGAAAGGCAGCAGAGAAAGAAGCUGCCAGCAAAGACACCAACAAGAAAGAGGAUUCUGCCCUCUGUCUGGCAGGUCUGGCCUCAUCAGAGAGAGUGAUUGCAGAAGGGAAAGGAGCAGUAGGCGAUGAUGAGGAAGAAGAGGAUGAUAUGUUUGAAACUGAGUUCAGACAGUACAAGCGUACCUACUAUAUGACUAAGAUUGGCGUGGAUGUGGUGUCUGAUGAAUUUCUAGCCCAGCAGGCUAAGUGCUAUGUGGAAGGUAUCCAGUGGAUCCUCCACUACUAUUACCAUGGCGUUCAAUCCUGGAGCUGGUACUACCCCUACCACUACGCUCCCUUCCUGUCGGACAUCAAGAAUAUAUCAGACUUAAAGCUGACCUUUGAACUCGAAAAACCCUUCAUGCCCUUCCAGCAGCUGUUGGCAGUCCUGCCUGCUGCCAGCAUGGAACUGCUUCCUGAGGCUUAUAGGCCCCUGAUGACCAGUGAAAAUUCUCCCAUCAUUGAGUACUACCCUCGUGACUUUAAAACUGACCUCAAUGGCAAGCAGCAGGAGUGGGAGGCGGUGGUUCUCAUUCCCUUCAUAGAUGAGAGGUGCUUACUAGCAGCGAUGGAGACCUGUAAUCACAAGCUAACUAAGGAAGAGAAGGCCAGGAAUCGUCACACUGAGUGUGCAGUCUACACAUAUGACCACGAAACAGACUUCACAUACGCCUCCACCCUGCCUCAGCUGUUCCCUAACAUCGUCCACUGCCACGUCAGGUUAUCAAACAUCCCUAUGGAUGCCUGGCAAGUACCACUGGACCACAUGAGCAGACCAGUCGACCGCUCAGCUCUGUACUUCUGUGGCUUCCCCACACUGCAGCACAUUAAGCACAAGUUUUAUAAGAAGAAGGGCGGGGUUGUGGUGUUCCAGCAGAGCAGCAGAGGGGACAACUUCAUACUGGACAUCCUGCCCAGCAAGGAAGGAGAGGCGGUAUGUGAUGAUGUUGCUGCUCAGGUACUGGGCAGGUCCGUGUUUGUCAACUGGCCACACCUAGAGGAAGCUCGCAUCAUUGCGGUGUCGGAUGGAGACGUCAAGUUCUGUCUUGAGGAGCCGCCUGGUGUCCAAAGAGUGUAUGACAGGCCCUCCACUCCUCCUCUCACCAAAGUCACCUGCCUGUCUGAAAAGGAACAGAAAGAAUGGGUGAAGGAUGUCCAGGGAAUCACUGAACAUUUCUCGAAGAGGAAAGGCAUCGUGGUGAACGAGACAACCGUGCUUUUGUACGGCCAGUUGCUGACGGGAAGGAAAUACGUCCCCAAAGCCAACGGGGUGGUGGAACUAGAGAAGCAGUGGGCCAAGCAGAUUCUACCUUUCGCCUACCAGACUGUGGUUAAGGACAUCAAGGCCUUUUACUCGUCUCUGACCUGCUUUAAGAGCUUAGAUGAGCUCUUUCCUCCAACAACCACAGUCUUCAUGGUGGGGAACCCUUACUACGGCGCCAUGGGUGAGGUACAAGAUUCAAGUGAUGUCAUCAAGGACGGUCGUGUACGGGUGGUCUUCAGCGUGCCACACGAACCACAGCUGGAGACCUUAAUUCAGAAUCAGCAUAAGUACUGUGUCAAGUACAGUCCCGGAUACGUUCUGGCAUCUCGUCUCGGCAUCACCAGCUACCUUGUGUCCCGCUUCUCAGGAAGCAUCUUCAUUGGCCGAGGCUCUAAGAAGAAUCCCUGUGGGGAGCAAAGAGCUAACGUUGGCCUUAACCUCAAGUUCAACAAGAAGAAUGAGGAGGUUCCUGGCUACACCAAGAGAACUGAAAAGGAGUGGCUCUACUCUAUUGCUGUGGAGGAAUUGCUAGCCGAAUACCUGGACAGAUUUUCUGAGGUGUUCAACACUGUGUCCAGAAACAGUCAUGAUGAUAUCUUCUAUGAAGAUGACAUCUGGCCUGGAGUGGACCAGAAUGGGGCAGAGAAGGUCGCUGAGAUCACCUCGUGGUUGAAAAGUCACCCGGUGAGCUCUGUCAGCAGGACGUCAUGUGAACUGCAGGUGCUGGACGCUGCUAUCGUAGAGAAGAUCGAGGAGGCAGUGGAUAAAGUCAAGGUGAAAAAGGGCACCAAAAAAGUGCGUGUGACAGUCAAGCCUCACCUCCUCUUCAGGCCCCUGGAGCAGCAGCAGGGUGUGGUUCCAGACCCAGAUGCAGAGUACCGCCUGUUUGACAGAGUCGUCAACAUCAGGGAGAGCUUCACUGUCCCACUGGGGCUCAGAGGAACAAUCAUCGGGAUUAAAGGAGCGGACCGUGAGGCCGAGGUUCUCUACGAAGUGCUUUUUGACGAAGAAUUUGCUGGAGGUCUCAACAUCAGGUGUACGUCACCUCGCGGUUACCGCCUCCCUCCCUGUGCUCUCAUUAACCUUUCCCACGGAGCCCGAGCAGAUCCCACCUCCCACAAACUGACUGCCAUCGUCAAACCUCAGCCCGCCGCAGCCACAAAUGUCAACUCGCAGCGCCAGCUGGGAGGUCUGAACCACUCUCCACGCUCUCCCUUUGUACCCACACAGCACAACAACAAACACGGUGUAGUAAAGGCAGGCUCCCAGGGCAACAGGAACUCCCCCUCUAAGGGUCUCACCCAGAAACAACCGGCCAAGAGUAAAGAGGAGUACAGUAAUGUGUGGCAGUCUCUGCAGAGCUGUGGCCCUCCACACAAACCUCCUGCUCACUGGCACAAUAAUGAUAAACAGGGUGGGAACCAGCGCUCCAACAAAACGGCUCCAGCUGGUGGCAUCAGACUGUUGAAGAAAAAUGAAGACUCCAGCUCCCUUCUCCCCUCACAGAACACAGCCGAUAAGGCAGCGACCGAGUUUGAGGACCUGAUAGCCAGUCUCAGUAUCUCUAAGGGUAGCCAGCAGACCCCUACCCCUCCUGCUCCUCCACAAGCACCCACCAGCCAGUCAGAUGGCCCGUUGUCUCCUCAGUCCUUCGCCAUGAAGGGGACCCUGGUCCUGAAGGAGAUGCUAAAGAUUGACAGUACUGGAACAGGAAGCCUCUCUUCCCAGGAGGCAGCCAACAGCUCCGCCCCUGGUGGCCAGCAGCAGAACAGGAGACGAUCGUCCAAGAAACUAGCAGCUAAUAUGAACGCCCCUCAUGGCGACACAGCUGUAUUAGCUUCUCCCACAUCAGUCACCUCUGCCAACCACACCAACGCUGUGCUGACCAGUAAGGUGUCAGAGCUGGCACGUGUCUGUGUGGGGUUAGGAAUGGCACCACCCGAGUUCAGCUACAUAGGCAACAGACAGGGUGUAGUAGUGUGUCAGGUGAAGCUGUCCAACGGGUUGAUGGUUCACGGCCCUCAGUGCCAAUCAGAAAAUGAUGCCAAGGAGAAAGCUGCCUUCUUUGCCCUCCAACGUCUGAACUCAUUGGGUUCAGGCUUCCCCCUCCCACCUCCUAUAUACCCAGGAGUGGGUCAGAUUCGGCCCCCACCCAUAGGAGCCAUGCCCCCAGUCUUCAGCCAACAAGGUGGUCUGCUGUUACCUCCCCAGGGCUACGCCCCUGCCCCGCUGUGGGGAAUGACGCGACCUCCUCACCACCACCAAAACCAACCUUUCUAUGGAGCAGCGGGAACUUUCCCUGGUUCUGCCCACCACCAGCCUGCAGCAGCACUGCCCAUCGGCUCACAUAACCAGUUUAUUCCAUUACAGGUGACUAAGAAGCGAGUCUCAGCCAACAAGAAGAAACAGGAAACUCAAGAGUUCUACAGCGCCAGCCAAACCGUGGCCAAGCAUCAGUCACAGAAAGCCCAGAACCAGCCCUCUGGCCAAUCACAGGCUCAAAGCGGUGACGUCAUCCCGCCACACCAACAUACUGCCAACAGCAUCCACCCAACCUCCUCUCCCAGUCCAGGUCUAGCGGACACUGUUUCUACGACGACGGCAGCCCCACACACGCCCCCUCGACAAAACAUGCCAGCAACAGGCCACACCCCGAGCUCCUCCUCCAAGAGGAAGCACAGAAAGCUGGCCGUCAACUUCGAGGCAGCUAAAGUCUCUGAGUGAUGACCUGCGAGAUGUGUGUGUGUGUGUGAGUUUUACUGGUGUGAAAGGAAUCCAGUGUACUGGCUAGAAGACUAGGGUGCAUUCUGGGAUGUUGCCAUAGCUCUUGUUGUUUCUUCCUUUGGGUCUCUCCUAAGGCAGUCUUAUUUGGUAUCUAUUGAGCACACGUGAAGCAAAACUAUGGUGUAUUAGAGCUCAUGUUUUAUUGGUAUAGCUCUCGCUAUUAGUCCUCUCAACCAUGAUUUUCAUUAAAUUACAUCAAUUUUCAUUACAGUUUUCCUGAGCAGCGAGGGAUUAACAUCCUCCAAAUAAUCCAAAUUAGCUCAUCUGCUAACAAGCUUCCUGAUUACCUGACGGCUCGUGUUUGUUGCCUCAUUGGAACCCUGUUUUUUUUUUUUUUUUUUGUGGCGCUGCAGUGUUUCAAGAUCUCAUCACAUACUUUGUUGAGUUAUCAUAAGCGAUAGACCUGCUGGCCAGAGCUACAAAAGUGGAACCCAGUUUGUAAUACACAGUACUUUCAUAAGCCGUCGUCUGAAUAUGUCAGGUCUCACAGGGAAGGAUGUUUGGAAACAAGCCUCCUCUGCUUGUUCAGUUGAGUUCAGUCUGAUUCAGCCUACUUAGUACUAAAGGGAGUCAAGUGAAACACUGCCUUAAAAGUGUAAAAAACAAAUUAAAUAAUAAUUGAGAAAAACAAAGCGAUAGAUUUUUGCAGGGUUUUGUAAUGCGGCUUACGGAGUUAGAAUCAGUGAGGUCAGUGUGUUUUUUUACGUUGUUUUCUUACGGCCCCUUUGUGUCCAUGUUAGCACCGUCCAUCUACGCGUCUUUCACCUGUUCCCAGGAGAGUUUUCACAGUGCUGCUGCUGCUUUUGUGCAGCACAGGAGGCUCCGGUGACAGAGUACACUGAGAACACGCACUUGAGGGUGGACAUGCUGAGGUUUAUUGUACUCGUGGUUACGCUGUGCAAACACUUCACGACGUAGUUUGGAUCUUGGUUCUCAGGGACAUGCAGUUCUUCAUGCUUUAGGCUCAGAUCUGCACUGCAGUGGCAGCCUACUCCUGCUAUUCCAAGUAAGCGCAGUAAGUACUGAGUUGCUUGCCUGUACAUCUUUAGAAAGCUAGCUUGUGUUGUCUUUUUGAGAAUUAAUUAAUUAUGAGUAAGUAUGGGCCUGUUUGUGUCAAAAUACAACAGCUUUGUCAGAUUUGGAUCAGUGGUAUUAAUAGAGCCAGCACUGAUGACCUGUUUUUAAUGUUUCUCGUCGUGUUGUGAUCUUUGUACCCGUCAAACUUGACAGCCUGUCCAUCAGACUUUUGAUGCCUCAUCGCGGUUUUCUAUUUGUCCAUUCUUCCUUAAUGAUACCGCCAAAGUAAAUAUGAAUGUACACUGCCUGCACACAUAGUAGUGCACACAUUAUGACAUGUGAAAUGAUUGGAUUAGUGCCCCCAACACACACACACACACACACACACACACGAUGAUAUUGCCACUGCAGAGCUGUUUUACACCAGCACAAAACCCAGAGUCAAAUAGUGUUAAAAUUGCCAGAUGUGUCUGUUUUAUUUUUCUAAGCGGACCCUGUGAAGAUUUAGUUUGAUUGUUGCCGUGUACAAAUUGAUCAGAUUUGUCCAUUUGUGUUAAACUUAACCACUGCCAGAUUUUAAAAUUAUCACCAGUUAUCUUGAUUUAGUGCAAAGCAAACAUGAAGCAGUGGUUUACAGAGAUGGGAGUUUCUUUUUGUAUCUGUGUAAAUGCAGCCUUACAGUGUUGUAUGAGGAGUACUGAUCUAUUUUAAACAUUCAUAUUUAUAUUAUGUUCCCGCUAAAUUGUCUCAAAGAUGCUUUUGGGAUUAUUCUUCCACAUCUUGUUUGGUAUUUUUCUGACUAUUUUAAAUUCUUGGCUUUAUUUUACAUCUCUUUACACAUCUGGACUUAUUUACGCAAACAUACCCACAAUAUAAAAUCUUUCCAUUUUAAAGAUCUUUUUUUUUUCUUUCUUUCUUUUUCAAGCUAUGGAUUUUAUGCAUACCCUUUUUAUAGACAUUUCUUGGGGUCUUUUCUAAACAAUCUGAAUAAUCAUUGUUUGAAUAAUGUUUGUGGCAGAGCUACAGUGAUGGGAGCACCUGUAGUGACUUUUAAAGUGUAUUUACUUUGUCCUUGUUUUGUGGGACACAUGCAUAUUAUUAUCUUUACACCAACCUCAUCUCAACUCUCAAAGUCUAUACAGCCCUGGUGCAAUAAGGGGAGGUUUUGGAAAAUUUUGGAAGUUGAAGCACACCUGUUGUACAUCUCUUUUUUUUUUGUGGAAAUGAAACGAAAUAGAAAAUUCUUAGUAUGAAGAUAUUGAAGACUUGAUGUUUUGAUUCAGGAAUGUGCUGUACAUCUGUACAUAUCCAUUUAAUUAAAGUGAAUCUUUUGUUACAA